AAGCUUUUUCUUUUUCUUUUUUCCUUUCUCUGUUUUCUCAGUAAUGCAAAAUAUUGUUCUGUUAGUUUGAUCAAAGGCAAAUUAUAUAAAUACAGCAUAGGUUUGACUGUAUCCAGUAUUACACCAUCUUAGUUCCCUUCUUUCUUCAAGUCCCGUUCGCUUUCUUCUCUGAUUAAAAAUCUGCACGGAAAGCUUGAUAGAAGAUUUCGUUGCUUUCUCAGAUGUACGGUCAAUUGGUUCAAGGGCAGGGGACGUUGAAAGCUAUAGUAGGACAUGAUUCAACAUCUCCAAGCUUAAAGUCUAAAGACUCUGCUGUUGCAGAAAGAAAAGACCAAAGAUUAACUAUCAUCAGUGAAGAUGAAGCUGAGCUAGCAUCUUUUUAUUCAUUGGAUUCUAGCCCUAGUUUGUACACGCUUGAAUUUCCCUGUCAGAACCUGAUAAAGACAGACAACAAAUGCCAGAAUGUCUCUGUUCAUACUGUUACUCAGUCUUCCCCUUCUCCCAUACUCUCAUGCGUAGAGAAGGCACCUAAACAUGCUCAUAUUUCCCUUAUACCAGUUGCCAAUUCAGACACAAAUACAAGCAAUCAGACAACAUCAAGUAACAUCUUGCAAGAUAUACAUGUAUCCGCACGGUUGAUGGAGGAUUUUCUAGAACUUGCUAGAGAAAAUACAGAGAAGGAUCUUGAAACCUGUGGGGUUCUUGGUGCUUUCCUUGAAAGGGGGACCUUCUACGUUACCACUCUGAUAAUACCAAAACAAAAAUCAACUGCGAAUUCUUGUGAGGCUAUAAAAGAGGAAGAAUUUUUUGCCAUACAGAACGAACAAUCGCUUUUUCCUGUGGGGUGGAUUCACACGCAUCCUUCUCAAGGUUGUUUCAUGUCUUCAAUAGAUCUGCACACUCAAUACUCAUAUCAGGUAAUGGUACCAGAGGCUUUUGCAAUUGUCAUGGCUCCAACUGAUUCCUCCAGGAACUAUGGAAUAUUCCGGCUCACUGACCCAGGUGGGAUGAAUGUUCUAAAGGAGUGUCAGGAGACAGGAUUUCAUCCACACGGAGAACCAGAAAAUGGAAGCCUCAUUUACGAGCACUGUUCCAAUGUGUAUACAAAUUCGAAUCUGAGGUUUGAAAUCUUUGAUUUGCGCUGAUUAUCGUAUACAUCUUCAGCUGCUCGUUUGCAUGGCAGAACAUUUCUGGGGAAUAAGCAAAUAAAAAGAUGAUCAUUGUUGCUACCUGUAGCAAAAUUCGGUCGAGGCAUCGGCAUAAAUAAUGCCCAUGCACAGACAAAUUUAGUGGAGUCAUUUAGAAAUUUGUAAGUAAAUGCUUAUGUUAAUGUAAAUGUUUAAUGAUCACAACAAUGGAAAGUUUCUGCCAACUGUUUCUAAUUAGUGUUUUAGAGACUAGAUUACCUGGGUCAUUAUUUACAAAUUUCAAUACAUAAAAAGUUCCUGUGAGCUUCCAGGAAGUGAAAGUAGUUUGUUCCUUUAGCAGGAAAAGUUAAAGAUAGAGAUGGUCCUCCAUGGAUGGGUAGAAGAUGCGCAUUGAACUGCGCAAACUGUACACUUCUAGAGAGAUAUUUUGCAUCUAGUGCUGUAUUCUUUUGCCUUUGUGAACCGCCCACUAUGGCUUAUGCCUCUCUUUCCAUGAAAACUGAAGAAUGUCAUGUCAAAUCCAAGGAGUGAUUUUUCAAGCUCCAUUUUCUUGACAAUUUGUCAUUUGCUUUAGAAAUUUAGCAUCUGUAUUCUCUUUAUCUGUAAAACUGAAGAAUCUUUCCUAUCAAUUGAAAGCUGGGUUCUUU